CUUCCACCUUGCCGGCUCACACGGGCAACUUGUAACGUUUGCGUUCGAUUUCGACGUCUAUCUACGAACGUCAUAUUGUUUUACCCUGUUGUUUUACCUCUCGCAAUGACCUCGCUAUCUGGAGAUAUCUGGAGUUUCGUAGGCUGCGCACGACAGUGAGAAGAAAUUUUCGUUUGCAGUAUCUCUUCAAUUUCCACUGAUCUUACUAAACGAGAUUUAUUCGAGUAUUAUUCGAGUCGGCGCGGAGCUUUUUAGCUAGCCGCUAUUUGGAUCAUACGUCGCGUAAUAGGUAUAAGCGGCUGCUUCUCUUUAACCCGAAUUUCCCUCGUCGAAGCCAGCCGCGUUUGGCAUUCGAUCGUCUAGUGAGUCCAGUCGUCGCUUGCCCAGCAGUGGAAUUAUCAUCGUCGCCAUCCCUCGGAUCGAUUCUCGUUUCGAUAGAUAAAGUUUUACCUCGGUAAUAAAGUGUUUAAGUAAAAUGACGUACGUCUGCCUUGUGCGAAACGUAUUUGUUUCGCUCGAAUGUGUCCUGCAGUGAAAGGUGAGAUGAUGGUAAAGAUCGCUGAUCGUCGCGAGUGAGUAGAAAAAGAAAUAUAUACGCGCCUAUGCCGGCUGGCAUGGUAGAGUGACCGAGUGGUUGGACGACGGGGUGGUGGACGGCCGUGGUGGACGCGGACCGUCCCUAUCGUGGACGAUACACCGGAGAGACACAAUUCCGCGAAGGUGGUUCGCGUGGCGAGACGGGACAAGGACGCGACGAUGGCAGAGCGUCCCGGUGGAGGCAGGAGACGCUCGCGUCAUGACAGUGCGGACGCCGCGAGUUCGAUACGCGGGACACCGCCUACGUCCAAAGACCGUCGAACUAAACGGUCCGGCAAGCCCGUCAAGGAGCGAUGGCUGCUCACCAGAAAGACGUGGCGAUACAUGGCCGAUGCCGGCCGACGUCUCAUCCCCGACGGUACCCACAAUCGCCCAGAGGACAUACCGAAGAUCGAGCAAUACUUUCAAGAGGUAUGUCAGAAAGAACCGCGCUUUCUGCUCUGGAGGAAGGCCUCGUAUCCCGGCAGUCUGGGCUUUCGCGCUCAACGACGCCGCAGACAGAUCAAAGGCGGCAGCUGCCGAACCCAGGCUAGCUCGGCCGACGAGGCCGAUGACGUUAGGAGCUCGCCGCAGAGCUUCGUCCUUUGCGCGACCACGUCUGGCAAAUUUGAUCUGGCGAAGGCGAAGAGAGAGUGGUUGCUGACGUCAGGCGGGAGCAACGACGGCGGUGGUGAGGGCGGUGGCGGUGGCGCUGACUUUGGUGGCGACGGUGAUGGCGACGACGGUAGCGCGCCAUCCAGUCCGAUAACGCGUCGCAAAACACCUCAGGAGGACACCGAGGCCAAGGAGCUGGCCGACAUGCUACAAAAGUACCUGAACAUGCAGGGUGACGCGGCCAGUCCGACGAGGAUGGUCGUCGAGUCGCACGGGGCAGCCCAACGGACGGAAGGGAAAGAGCCCUUUGACUAUCGUAGCCUGAUAGAUAAGCUGCAACAGCAUCUAAAUACGAUUGUUGCUCAAGCUAAACGUGAGCAGGUCUCUCCUAGUCAGGGCACUUGCAGGGGGAAAGAUGCCGUGGUUCCGGCAUCCAUGUUGCCAUAUCAGGGUGAUUAUGUUCAUAAGUCGCUAAUGGAGACGCUGAGUCGUUAUUACGGCAAAUUAUCUUCUCGGGAGCACGUUAUAUCUGAUAUAUUGACAGAUCGAAAACUCCUCGAAAAGCUCUAUUUCGAUCUGAGAUGCACCAGAGGUUUCAGGGGACCUCGAGCAACCGGGGCGUACAGCUCGCCAUCCGCUCGAUGGUGGGCUCACGAGACUAGUGGGACGUCUAUCAAAGAAUCUAGUAAUCGAUCACCCAGAAGGGACCCGAUCUCACCACCGCCUCUAAUCGCUGUUCAAGAACCUAGCACCGAUCGAAACUUUCUCGAUAAUGGCGUGCAAACCGAGCCGAUUUCUCAAGAUGUCCUCGACACCUGUCUAUUGGAGAAGGAAAGGGAAGAGUUGUCGCAAAAGGAGCAGAUGUCACCCAAGUCCAGCGGACGAAGACGCAGUAGCGUCGACAACGACGACGUAUCACCGUCCGUGGGUGACACCAUCAAGAGGUAUCUGCGGAUGGCGCGGAAGAAGUCCGUGGACGCGGACAAAAUCGAUCGAUUUAAGCGGGUCAAUUAUGAUCGGAAUUUACGUAAUAUCAAAGCCAAGGGUGAGAUUACCAAGCCUGGCGACGACGACGGCAAUAACAAGGGCUGCCAGACGGAGGACAAUUGGAUGAUACAUUAUCGUGAGAUGUCCUCUUCCGGUCCCGGAGCCUUAGCCGGAGAGGUCCCGUCCGAGAAUUUAUCGGAUGCUGAUACGACGACGUCUCCGCCAGUCAGCAGAAACGCCAGUUCCCGAAGCAGCAUCGAUGCCGGUCUCGGUUCCGAAGAGGCCUCUUUCACCCCCGUAAAACAUCCCCAUCACCAUCACUUCCUAUCCCAUCUCUUGCACGGUUCCAACUCGCAUAAGGAUAAGCCGCACUCGGCACCCGGUUCGCCGGCACUCACGUCAUCGUCCGCCAAUUCCGCAGGUGGCACAGCGAUGCAGAAGAGCAAGUCCUCGAGUAGCGUGGUGCAUCACGGCAGCCGGCUGGUGGCAAAGAAGAUUUGGCGGUCCAGGAGCAAGAGCACAUCGAGGGCGUCGCAUCAGCCGUCGGCGUGGACUCCUCAGGGAAAGUGUACAUGGGCAGGCACAGGGAAUCGGCGUGUAACUCUACAGGAUACAUCGUUGCGAACACUGUCCGAUAUUGAGAGGAAAGUCCUCUGCAAGGUAGCCGUAGCGAAACUUCAAGCUCUCAAUCUGGGUGUACAUAUUAGACCACCGAGCGAAUCGCUCAGCGCUGGGUCAGUGACCACGAAGCCAAAGAGACGAGCGUAUUUGAUAAAAAGGAAGGCUCUUACAACGGGCUUCUUUGACAAUAAAGGGAAAGAUGAGAAGGAAAAAGACGUCGCGGGUGGUCUAGUGUUUGGUAUACCGCUAUCGCAGUGCAUAGAGAACGAUAGGAUCGCUAGAAUCGCCGCUGGAGAGGUCACCGAUGUUGGUUGCUUAAGCAGAAGUAGUCGGCACGGUAGUAGGGCCAGUUUCUCUAGCCUUAUAGAAACACCAACAACUGUGACAGCGAAAACGGAAGAGGAAGGUUCCUGCGAGUCCCUGUCGUCGAAAGGUGGUGCCCUUACAGGAAGCGAUUCCGGAGUGCUCGAGUUGAGUGACAGUGGCGGAGGAUGCUCUGCCAGUGAAUGGGACAUGGUACCAGGUAUCGUGAGGCAGUGCAUUAGACACCUCGAGGUCACUGGUCUCCGGACGCUAGGUGUGUUUCGCGUGUCACCCUCGAAAAAAAGGGUGAGGCAGUUAAGAGAAGAUUUUGAUUGCGGUCGGGAGACGAAGAUAGGUCCCGAUCAAUGUCCCCAUGAUGUAGCUACCCUCUUGAAGGAAUAUUUCCGUGAUCUGCCAGAUCCCUUACUUUGCAGGAAUCUAUAUCAAGCCUUCGUGCACACUCAAAAAAUCAGAAACAGGCGACUACAGCAAGAAGCUUUGCAGCAUCUUAUUCAACUUCUACCCACACCCAAUCGCGAAACUCUCUGGGCACUUCUCAACUUUUUGAGCGUCGUUGCAGCGAAUAGUGAGGACCAAAAGAAUGAGACAGGAGAGUGGAUCCCAGGGAAUAAAAUGGACACGACAAAUCUCGCGACUGUUUUUGCGCCAAAUAUCCUGCAUUGCGUGAAGCCCGGUCAAGUGAGAUCGGAGGUUUCAACGGAGAGGGCCGAAGAGAGAAUAGAUGUGAUAAACGUGAUGCGAGCACUUCUGGAACACACAUCGACAUUGUUCACGGUACCAGCGGCGCUAUUGGAUGAAGUAUACCAGCACAUGAUGGAUACUCAUCCGGCGGAGUUGGAUAUCGCCCUGUCUCGUCGCAUCGAAGAGCAAUGCGGAGAUGAAAUAGACCCCUGUAGCGAGGCAGAGACGUUCUCGGUAGAAGAGACGUUGACUAUGUCGACGACCACUGCGACAACGACGACGAAAAAGAUGUGGACGAGAGAACAGUGUUUACAUCAAACCGCUGGUGUCGGCGGUGAUAUUGGACCAAAGCAUCGGCGACCAAAAAGACCAGGAAGUCGAAGGAAGGAGGAGGGCAGGAGCAACAGUGUCGAUAGCGGAUCGAGUGAGGAUCCGUCCGAUCUUCGGCGAAGAUCUUCGCCGAUAGUGAUUACCGCCAGUCUCACCAUACCCAUGUCCGACGCGUUCACCUUGAACCUCGACGACCCGGACAUUCCUUAUAUCGAGGAAACACCAAAGCAACCAAGCGCUCCUCCGAGACGACAGAGGCAGAGGUCCAUUUCCGGUUGCAGCGAAGGAGGAAGACACGGAAGUGACAGUGCCGUGGGUUCCUCGGCGACCCUGUCGGGCGAUCAGGCGUUGAGUUCCCCGCCCUCAUGGGCGUCAUCGCCUCCAGCGAGUCCCGACAGCGCGGUCACCGCUGUUUCAUACAUCCCGGAUCAGCAGGCGGUUCUCCAGAGAGUCUCAUUCACGACCUCGAGCGAAGUAAGGCAGGUGAACAGAUCGACUGGCCAGCAGGAAGCAAGUAGGAGUACAGCGGUACCGUACACGCCAAGCAUCACUAGCAUCGGUGGUGCUGUUUUGAGGUGAGUAUCCUGUAUAUCCUGUUGCCGUUGCCCCCCUGUUGCUCCCUGUUGCACCCUGCUGCGGUUAGCUCCUUCCGCCCCUUCCUCUCUUCACAUUAAGCUCUUUAUUAUUGUGAGAAAGCGGCAAUCUUUGCAAAGUUUUGCACGGCUUGCUCGGAUAAAAACU